CUGCCGGCCGCGGGAGCGCCCCGGGGCUUCGGUCCUGCCGCCCUCGCUGCGAUGUGAGGCUCGGGGACAGCGUCGGCUGCCGAAGGCUUUAGUUAUUACAUGCGCCCAAUAAUCUUCUCCAAAAUGGAUUUUAGUCAUAGCAGUCUUUUUGGAUACAUAGAAGACCUGCAGGAACUAACUAUUAUAGAGAGGCCAGUACGCAGGAGCCUGAAGACACCAGAAGAAAUAGAAAGAUUGACAGUUGAUGAAGAACUCAGUGAUAUUGAAAGGGCUCUUUUUCUACUCAGUUCUGGCCAGGAUAUCCAAGGAACAAGUGUGGUGGCAAAUCUUCCAGUUCUUAUGAGACAGAAUCCUGCGGAAACACUUCGUCGGGUUUUACCAAAAAUCAGGGAGGUUCUGCAUGUUGCAGGAGUGGAAAUGCAGUUAACAGCUGCUGUUUCUUUUUUGACUGUUCUGCAAGAGGAGUCGGUGUCCAUUCAUACGUACUCCCACUCCUUCCUACACAUCAUUCUCCAGAACCUGGAACACAGAGAUGCAGGUGUCAGCAAUGCAUGGUUAGAAACUCUUCUUGCUGUAAUAGAAGCUUUACCAAAAGAAACUAUCAGACAUGAGAUCCUGAAUCCACUUGUUUCCAAAGCACAGCUUUCUCAAACACUUCAGUCCCGCUUAGUUAGUUGUAAAAUCAUGGGAAAAGUAGCUAACAAAUUUGAAGCUCAUAUUAUUAAAAGGGAGGUUCUUCCAUUGGUAAAAUCACUGUGCCAGGAUGUGGAAUAUGAAGUUAGAACUUGCAUGUGUCGGCAACUGGAACAUGUAGCUCGAGGAAUAGGGACAGAUCUAACAAAAACCGUGGUGCUUCCUGAGUUAGUGGAACUGGCCAGAGAUGAGGGCAGCAGUGUACGCCUGGCAGCUUUUGAGACUUUAGUGAAUCUGCUCGAUAUGUUUGAUGCAGAUGAUCGGAGUCAAACUGUUCUCCCAUUAGUGAAAUCAUUCUGUGAAAAAUCCUUCAAAGCAGAUGAAUCUAUCAUAGUUUCUUUAUCUUUCCAUUUAGGGAAACUGUGUAAUGGAUUAUAUGGCAUUUUUACUCCUGAACAGCACUUGCGGUUUUUGGAAUUUUAUAAGAAACUUUCCACACUGGGUUUACAGCAGGAAAAUGGGCAUAAUGAUAAUCAACUACAUCUGCAAACUCUGGAACAGGAAAAGAAGUAUAUUUCAGUGAGGAAGAACUGUGCUUACAAUUUUCCAGCCAUGAUUGUUUUUGUGGAUCCAAAGAACUUCCAUUUAGAACUUUAUUCUAUAUUCUUCUGCCUUUGUCAUGACCCUGAAGUUUCUGUCAGAUAUACCAUGGCCAUAAGCUUCUUUGAAGUUGCUAAGCUUUUAAAUUCUGAUGUGUAUACAAUACAUAAAGAACUGGUUACGCUAUUACAGGAUGAGUCACUGGAGGUAUUAGAUGCCCUAGUAGGUCACCUUCCUGAAAUCCUUGAACUAAUGACUAAUGGAGGAGAAAAGAAUGGAUCAGAAAGCAAGUUACUUUCUAUUCCUGACUUGAUUCCUGCAUUAACAACAGCAGAACAGAGAGCAGCAACUUCUUUAAAAUGGAGAACGCAUGAGAAGUUACUACAAAAAUAUGCAUGUCUCCCUCAUAUCAUAUCAAGUGAUCAGAUCUAUUACCGUUUUAUUCAAAGGAUGUUGACAAUCGUUUUGACAAAUAAUGUCCUGCCAGUCCAAAAGGCAGCUGCUCGGACUCUCUGCGUUUAUUUGCGCUACAAUCGCAAACAAGAACAGAGACAUGAGGUUAUCCAGAAACUGAUCGAACAAUUGGGUCAAGGAAAAAGUUACUGGAACAGACUUCGGUUUUUAGAUACUUGUGAAUUCAUUAUGGAGCUGUUUUCAAAAUCGUUCUUCUGUAAAUACUUCUUUUUACCUGUGCUUGAACUUACACAUGACCCAGUGGCAAAUGUCAGAAUGAAGCUAUGCUGUUUGUUGCCAAAAGUAAAAUCUACUCUGAAGAUUCCCACUGAUAAACAUUUACUUCAGCAGCUGGAAUUAUGUAUAAGGAAACUUCUCUGUCAAGAGAAGGACAAAGAUGUCCUGACUAUUGUGAAAAGAACGGUGUUAGAAUUGGACAGAAUGGAGAUCUCUGUAGAUGCUGAACAAUUAGAAAAAGAAAAACAGAAAAAUGAAGGAAGGUCUGCAAAUAUUAAUGAUAAAAUGUUUGAAAAGAAGCGUAGAGACAGUAAAACAUCAUCAGUGUUGGCAAAAAGUAUCAAUCUCUCUAUUUCUGGAAGCUCUUCUGGUACAUCAGCAGGCAAAGAAGAAAAAAAAUCCAAGCUGGUUCGAAGCCAAUCUUUCAGUACUCAAGUACUUCAUCCAAAAUACAGCAACAUAGACAAGUGUCCUAAUAAAAGUUCUGCUACAGGAUAUACAUCUUCAAUACCAGGAAUGGGAAAGAGUUGUAUGUUAUCCUUUAGUGAUGAUUCAUUCCGGACUCAUUCUGCUGGUAAUAGUGGGAAUGCUGUCUUCCCUUCUAGUUGUUCUCGCAACUUAUUUAACUCAGCCAACCAAAAGAACAACGGCAAUAAGGAGGGUCAGUCCCGAAAGAUGAGCGUGAGGGAUAGUAAAAGGCUCACACAGAGCAGUUUGCACUUUUGUCUUCAGGCAGGAGAAUGGAAUGUAAGAAACACAGCUUCAAGUCUCUAUGUACCAUUCCCAAAUGAAUACCUUAAGAGCAGAGUAUUUGAAAGUAGGUAUCUGAUCACACACAGUGAUCUGGGUGCUUUGUCUGGUUCAGGAAGUCCCUGAACUGCAUAGGGUCAGAAGCCACAGACAGUAUACCAGGGGAAAAAAAACGUUUUUGGGGAAAGAAGAGGAAGCUUAAGAUGUCCUACAUUUAGUUCUGAAUAAGAAUUGUAGUGUUCUGUGUUCCUUUGGGAAAAAAUAUCUCUCAAAUAGGUCCAAUGGCUGCUGUGCUGUGGAUUCAAUUUCCCUUUUGUAAACUGACCCAAUACUUAACUGUUUUCCUGAGAAAAUGAAGCAGCUCUAUAAGGAGAUAUGAAGAGAUACAGAUACAGGAAGGUUUGAUGGUAAAUGCAUUCAAUCACAGAUAUGCAUUGUUUAGUACAGUUUAGUUGUACUUUUUAUCUUUUACUCAGGAAGUCAGGCCUGGUGCUAAAUAUAUGCACACUUAAAUUUAAAAAAACACCAAACAAGACAACAAAAAUGUCAGUUUCAAGGAAGCAUUAUUUUCUAAGUUGAGUGAUGGAAAAACUGAUAUCCAAAUAUAUAAGCAGCUGACAGAAACCACUCUGAGAGAAAAAUUUGACAAUUGUACAGUGAGAGGUACAAUUGAAUAGAUGCUCAUUAAUGAGCAUUAUAUUUGGUGGACUGACUAAAGGAGAAAACUCGCUAAGGUGAGAAAAUAAUAAUUGGCUAUUUUUUAGACUGUAUCAUCAUGCAGGUUUAUGUAUUUGCUGAUUAAAAUUUGCACUGACCAUCUCAAUUCUGGAAAGACCUAGCUUUUAGUUUGCUGACUCUGCAACUUGAGUAAGGUAACUUCUAAUAUGUUUCUUUUUUUAAGUAAAUGUGUGAGUAAUAACACAAUAAUGAAAGUAUAAUGGUUCUUAGUGAUAUAUGUUUGGACAAAAUAUUGUUUAAUUGCUGAAGCCUGAUAUUUUCCAUAAAAUUGUUCUCCAUAAUACUGGCAAAUGUUCACUUUUGACAAUAUAGUGCAGCUUGCAGGGAUGAAGAAUUUCUGAUUUCAUACAUGGUAGUACUCCAGGGUUUUUCAAAACUCAGAGUUACUUUGGUGGAGAACUGAAGUCUUUUCUUACUUAUGAACUAAUUCAUACGUGUGUGCCAAUUAAAGUUUUAUCUCUUUUUGAAAAUACCAUAGAUGCAAGAAAAGAAAAGUUAGUAAAUCAUGACCCAGUGCUCACAAGCAGGUGACAAGGAAGUAUUGUUUUAGUGUAGCUGCCAGUUGCUAGGUCUUAGGUAAUACUUAGGCCAUAGAAAAUGCCAGAAUUAUGCUAAAGCAGCACCCAUAUAACUUAAUGAGGGAAUCACAGAAGAGAUGACUACCUGCUUUAAGUACCUGAUGGAAUAGGAAAGAAUCAGAAAGAGCACUGGUUGAGUGCUUUGUCCCACAAGAGAUCUUACUUAGUAUGCAGAGAAGUUUUUCUGACUUUCUGUUGAAGAGUUGCCAGUUAGAUUAUGAAUCAUCCUGGUGCAGACAUGGACCUAAAUCAUGAACACUGUGUUCUAUCAAGCAGUCUGAUCUUGUAUCAUUAUGCUAUGUAGCUUUUUUAUAUUCUUUUGAAUGUUUUCAGCUCUAUGAGAUUAAGUUAGCUAUAAGAUGUUUUGCUUGAGUUUAUGUUGCUGUAAUAUGACUGCAAAUGUUCAGCAUGCAAUUUUUUAAAACUAUUUAGAAACUUUAUAGAUUCAUCAAUGAAUAUAUCCACUUUAUAGAUAGCAGUUAAGUAUUUUGCAUCUUGCCUAUAGACAUACUUUCUUCAAGGAUGUGUGGUACAGAUUUUCCAUCUUGUAAAAAGAGGGAGUAGAUUUAUUGUUGCAUAAAAUUAAUUUUCUAAUUAAUUUAUUGUUAGAAAGUUAAUUUUUAUGCAACAAUAAAUCUAAAUAAAUACCAGUAUUUUAUAAGAUGUCCACAACUGACCUAUAAGACAUCCAGUUUGGUGCAUGAGCAUGAUGUACCAGUUAUAUUUAUAAACAAGUAUCUUAAGGUAACGUUGUUCAUCCAGUCAUGUAAUUGCUUAGAAAGUUAAGCACAAGAUGAAAUAGUUCUGCCACUACUACACUUUGAGUUGGCUACUUACAGCUUUGGAUUAUGUUUUCAUCAUGACAUUUAAGAUGCUGGAAGUUCUGAGUUCCAGUGAGACUUGCCAUGUGUUUUGCAUCCAAUUUCUAUGGUGAAGCUAUCCUGCCACUGAUAUAUGAUCAUAUAAUAUAUGCAGUUUUUAAAUAUUCAGCAGUUUUAAAACUGUGGAACAGAGCAAUAUAUUGUGUUAUUUGUAAAUGGUACUGUAAAAUAUUGAUGCAAGUUAGUAUUUCCAAUAUUUCUAAAAGUUACGCCCCAUUCUUUGAAGUAUUUCUGACUGAUACAAAUAGUUGUUAAUUGACACAGCUACAACUCUUUGAAACUGAAGCACAGUAUAUCUAAAGGUUAAAAAAAUUAAGGCAUGAAAAAUCCAGAAAUUACCCAAAUGACCUUGUGGUCAGUCUAGAGAUCACAGUGUAAUGGGCCAGACUUUUGGUGCUUUUUGUAGCCAUGAGUAGACUGCUUGUACCACCUUAACCAUCUCACUUAGAUGGAUCUCUACAAGAGCUUCUGUAGACAACUUAGUGGAGAACUUCACCCUUGUUGAGAAGAAUGCCCUCAGAAUAUGUCUAUUUGGCUUUUCCAGUGGGUGCAAUAGAGCAGCUCGUCAUUUUUAAAGUACAGCAGCUAAGAGUUAUGUUAAAAUGUUGUGCACAAUAGCAGUUUAAUAUGUUAUGUAAUUUAAUAAUAUAGUAACAACAUAUUUUGUGUG